CAGAAAGGCAAAUCAUUAUUGGAUAGCAAAAGAGUUCUUGCGUGUUCCCUUGUUAUUCAAGAUGAUGAUUUCUAUCUCAGUUGCAUUGUUGGUGCAGCCAUGAAAAAUCAGGUGUGUUACAACUUUAAACUAAAAAUUGACAGGCAGACAUGCAAUUCAGUAUGCUCACAAUGUGAAUGUCCAGAAGGAAAAGGGUCCAAUGCAACCUGCAAGCAUAUAGCCACAGUGCUACUUAUGCUCGAGGAAUUUUUAGAAACGGGGGAAAUGAAAGUCCAGAAAGCUUGUACACAAGAUCUACAAACUUUUCACAAACCUAGAUCACAGUACAAUGGGGCUCCUGUUAAAAUUGAAAGUCUACCUAUGAAAAGGAAACGAGAUGACAUACUUGAGGAUCCACGACCUGAAAAGUUUCGUAAGAUGGAAGGAUACACAUACUUUGUCAGGAAUGUUAUGGUUAACUACUGUGCUCACACAUCUCAAGGCCUUGCUUUGAGAUAUAUUUUCCCUCCAGCAAAUUUGCAGGCUGCACAAUAUGACCAUGAUUAUCUGACCUUACCAUUUGUAGAAUACUGGAUUGACCAUACUUUGGUGGUCACAGAGGAGAAAGCAAGGGAGAUAGAAAAGUUGACAAGGGGACAAUCGGACAACAAGAGGUGGAUUUCAGAAAGGCAGUGGAGAAUAACAGCAUCCAGGUUUGGGGAGAUCUCUAGAAUCACACCCCGAAGGCAAAUUCCCAAGUUGUGUCGAUCCAUUGUAUGUUCAAAAACUUUGAAUAAUCCUGCUGUACAUCAUGGGAAAAUGUACGAACAGAGGGCAAUCAAAGAAUUUGAAGAAAGGUUAAAAGUAAAAAGCCAAAAUUGUGGAUUGUUUGUUUCAUUAAAGAAACCAUGUAUCGGAGCCUCACCUGAUGCCAUUAUUGGAGAGGAUGGCGUUGUAGAGGUGAAAUGUCCAUAUGCUGGUAGACAUCAGAAAAUUCUACCUGGUCCAAAAUUUAAAUUCUUAGACUUUGACAAUUCUAAAAAGAUCUCAUUAAAAAAUGAAGCUUGUAUUAUGAUCAGAUACAAGGACAGAUGUUCCUUUCAAACAGAAAUUUCUGGGUUUUUUGUUUUGUUUUGUAUGCAUUUAAGGAUUUAUUUGUACAAAAAAAUGAUAUUGAUAGGGAGUACUGCAAUGGCUGUUUCCUUCCAAAGCUCGAAUAUUUCUAUGUUAAACAUUUCAGACCAUUUCUUGCAUCAAUAUCUGUGUUUAACAUAGAAAUAUUAAAGCUUUACAAACAUUAUAUAAAAAUCCACCCCCCCCCCAAACCCUAUUGUGUACAAAUAGUUUAAACCCAUGAUAUUACAAUAUUUGUACACGAUAGGGUUUGGGUGUGGAUUUGUAUAUAAUGUUUGUAAUAAUUGCACAUACCUACAUGGAUGAUGAUCCCAUGUGCAUGUACAUUAGUGGCUAGUAGUGUAGCAUUGUUUAGUAUUUAAUGUAUUCGGUAAAGCUACAGUCUAAGACAGAUGUAUUGAUGUAAAUUACAUCGAUAACUUAAGUGAAAUCAAGUAUUACGAUUGUAAAUCACGUAACUACUAUUACAUGUUGAAAGUUAGCCGCCUGCCAUAUUGCUUACGAAGGAAUGCAUCACGUAAUAUUUUGUCUAUAGACACACCACCUUGUAGUGAACAAGUAGCAUUGUCCGAUUGUUUAGAUAUUUGAAAUUUGUAUUUCUUCUUCAUUUAUUUCAUAUGAUGUAGUUCAAUUGCAACAUAGUGAUCAAACUACUUUGAACUUAUUGUGAUGGCAUAAUGUACGAUUUACGUAUUGUUGUUCUGUAUUCCUACGCAUAGGAUUGUGGUUGUCCGUUUUAUUAUGAAGAAUUAUUUUGACUUAUGUUUGUAUGCAAUCAUAUUAACUUUGAUUAUAAUUCACUGUACAGAAAUAGGACACUUUGACAUUAUGUACUUUUCUAUAUCUGAAGUUUUGUACUUAAAGUUUUAUUUUACUAAAUAUAUAGCUUUAGAGCUCUCUACCACACGGACACCACAAUCCACAAUGAUGUUUAAGUUUUUUUAUUUUAAUCCCACAAGGCAUUAUUUAUCUGUCGUGUCCAGCAAAUAAUUCAUACAACGAUAUACAUAGUUAUCAUUCAAGUCUUUGAUAAUGAAGGAGCGAGGCAAAGUUAAAUAACCAUGUAGUCCAGAGAGUAUAUCUUGUUCGCUAAUUGGCAUUAUGAAAGGGUGUCAAAAGGCUUUAAAUACAAUAUUGUGAAUAAAUAAAACUUGAGAGAUGCCUAA